AUUGGGCGUGACUCAGGCCAACAGUAUAUAAGGUAGCGUUCGUUAUGUAGUCAGGCCAUUCGGGUUAUCCAAAGUAAAGCAAACACAAAAAAAAACUUUAAAACUUUUCAUCUUAACGAGAAAUCAACAAACACAAAACUCAAUCAACAUGCAAUCAAUGAUCGUUUUCGCUGUUCUCUUCUCAGUUGCCUCCGCUGGUGUUAUCCACGCUCCAGCCGCCGCCAUCGUUGCUUCAGCUCCAGUUUUCACCAAAACUAUUCACCAUCAACCCGCUCUUGCUCCAGUACAAACUGUUGAACGAACUGUUCAAGCUGUUGCCCACCCAUCAGUCACCACCCUUCACCAAGCUCCAACCACCGUCCUCGCUAAGGCCCCACAAAUCUCAGGAUACUCAUACACAUCUGAUGUCCGACACGACGCUACCGUCGCUGCUGCUCCAGUUGCCGUUGCCGCACCAGUUGUUCACGCUGCACCAGUCGUUCACUCUGCUCCAGUCGUUCACUCUGCUCCCCUUGUUCACUCUGCACCUCUUGUCCACCCAGCUCCAGUCGCCGUAGCUGCACCAGUUGCCCAUGCUGUUCCCGCUCCAAUCGUCAGUGCCCCAACUGUCCAUGCUUCACCCGCUCUCGUUGCUGAGACCCCAGUCGUUAACUCAUACUCAGUCGAGACUGGCCGAACUCACGUUGCCACCCAACAACAUUACGGAGUCGCUCAUGUUCCCGGUGUUGUCAAUGUCCCAUUCGCCAAGGCCGUCCCAGCAGCCCCAGUCUUAGCUGCCCCUGCUUACUGGUAAAUCCAAUCAAAAUCAAAUAACUUGAGCUAAACACAGAAUUGAAAUGAAUUGAUUCAAUUUAAAUCAUUUCAAUGCUUAAUCACUGUCACUUUUCACUCGCCAUAAGACCAAACCAUGAUGCGAAUCAUACACACACACUCAAGAUUAAUUAACUUUUUUAUAUUAAAACCAGUGAUCACAAUUUUCGAUCAAUAGUAAACCUCAAACCUCAAACCUGUUCCCCUCUCACUCCAAACCCACUUCCCACUCCCUACUUUGCCUCUUCCCUCUUCCAAUCGUUUUGUAAAAAAAAUGUCCAAACAAAUUUAGGCUUUAUUUUUGUCACAAUUGAACAAAAAUAAAAUCACUUUUAAUUAUCUGAAUCAAA